AAAAGAAAUAACUGAGUGAUUUUGAAUCUCGUUUUAUUGAUGAUUCAUACAAUUGCGUCAUAAACCACCUGUUUCAAAUACCUGAUAAGCGUAAUGGCGUUUAUUGAGAUAAGGUACUGUUGCAAUGGUUAAAUAAAAAUGUUUGUCAAUAAAGUGCACGACCAAAAAGUAGAACUACUGCGCGCUGUUUUUCGUAAUUUGUAUCUGAAAGAAAAGUGCGAUUACUUGGACAGCGAAUGCAAGAUGCUAGCCGAACAAAUCCUCUCAAGUCAGGUGACUCGGGAGAAACGUAAUGAAACUAAAGCCGAUCUAGAGAACGAAUUCAAUAAUUUGAAGCUAUUACAAGACGAAAAAAUGCACGAAUUGGCAGUUGCCAACGAGAAAAUUGUUGCACUGUCUUCAGUAUUGGAAAAUUCGAAAUUAUCUCUGAGUGAGAGCAAAUCGAUGAGUGAGGUUCUGGACGUAAAGAAUGAGAUGAUAAAGUGUUUACAGGAGGAAUUAGUUCAAGCGCGAUUAGCGGCGGCCGAAGAUUGGGCUCUAAUCCGAGAAUUGAGACAAGUUAGAGAUGAAUUGGAAAAAGAUAAAGAAAUGUUAACUAAGACAAAGCCGGAAACUAUUGCACGGCUUCAGGAGGAACUAAUGACUGCUAAAAUAUUAGAGACGCAAUAUUCGGUCGAAUUUGCAGAGAUUAGAAAACAUUUGGCGAAAAUUAAAGCCGAAAUUGUUGCCCAUAAAACGGAAUGCCAUUUGAAGCCUGAAGGUAGGAUCAAAUUAUUUGCAAGAGGGGCAAAAUGGGUGACCGAUGAUGAAAAGAAAGACACUAAAGAGAUAGAAAAAGAAAUAAAAGAAUUGGAAAAAGAAAAAUCGUUUCUUCAAAAUAAAAUUCCCGAUUUGCAAGCUAAAAUCGAUGUUUUGAGCAAACACAUAAAGUUCAAAGACGAAGAACGUCGCAAACUGCAAGAAAAAUUAGACAGUGUGAAGACAAAAUACCAAAGUAUUGAGAGCAUAACUCUGGAACGGAGGAGACAAUGUGAACAUUUAGAGCACAGUGCGUCUGAAAAAGUACACAUAAUACGUAAUAGUUGUAGCGAGAAGAAGCAAAACAUUGAUGAUCUGUCUAGUAAACUUGGCGAGAUAUCGGACCGAAGACAGAGUAUUACAAAGGAAUUGAAACAAAAGGAGUUAACGACUAUUCAAGGCCUUGAGGAAAAAAUUCGUAUUUUAGAACAAAGAAUUAAACAGUUAAAUGCAGAGGAAGAAGAAUGGCGUGAAUCAGCGAUUAUUACGGAAAAUGAUUUGUCUCCUUGAAUUUGAUUGUGUUGAUGUUUUUGAAAUGUGCUGAAUGUUUUAUGGCCAAAUUCUACUAUCUUGCCUUAACAGUAAUUGAUUUUUGUAUUUUUUGUAUAAACGUACGAUUGACUAAAUAAAUAAUAAAAAAUAA